UAGUCAUGGCAGGAAGCGGCUCCAUGACCCCUCUGAAAGCCAUUGCAGCAACAGCAAUUCUGAUCUUAGCAGAUCUCUUGGUUCCAGUGGAAGCACAUGGAUCAAGUUCUUCAAAUGAUUCAAGCACAUCCACAAGCGCCACCACGGACUCUCUGCACUCCAGGAGCCUCAUAGAUGUCAAGAUAUACUGCCUAGUAAUCAUGCUAGUGAGCACAUUCCUGGCUGGUGUUUCCCCAUAUUUUCUGAGAUGGAAUGAGAGUUUUCUUCUGCUUGGCACACAGUUUGCCGGCGGGGUUUUCUUGGGGACUGCCAUAAUGCACUUCUUGGGGGAUUCCACCAGUACCUUCACCACCCUUACUACCAACGCCUACCCUUUCACCUUCAUGCUGGCCUGUGCUGGUUUCUUGCUGACGAUGCUGAGUGACUGUUUGAUACAGUGGAUUGUUGCCAGGGGAAGCAGGGAAUCUAGAGUUGAAGUGGUAGAAGGGAAGGAGCUUGAGGCUGGGGACGGAGGUCACAGGAUGGAGGUCCCUCCUACCCUUGCUAAGACAACCAAUGUUGGGGAUACCAUCUUGCUUAUUCUUGCUCUCUGCUUUCAUUCCGUUUUUGAGGGAAUUGCAGUGGGUCUUUCAGGUACCAAGGCGGAUGCAUGGAGGAAUUUGUGGACCAUAAGCUUGCACAAGAUCUUUGCAGCCAUAGCCAUGGGCAUUGCUCUGUUGAAGAUGCUACCAGACAGGCCACUGUUCAUGACUGUUUCAUAUGCUCUAGCUUUUGCCAUCUCUAGUCCGAUUGGGGUUGGCAUAGGCAUAGCAAUUGAUGCAACGGCUCAAGGGGCCGUGGCAGAUUGGAUUUUCACCAUCUCCAUGGCCAUUGCUGCUGGUGUCUUCAUCUACGUUGCCAUUAAUCAUCUCAUAUCAAAGGGCUUCAAGCCCCUUCAUCCUUCCCCGUUUGAUACACCGUUUUACAAAUACCUGGCGGUUCUUCUUGGGGUUGCAAUAAUUGCCGUCGUGUUGAUUUGGGACUAGUCUGGGAUUUCAUGUAAAUCGACAUAAUUGUGAAUGGGGUGUAUAUAGGCAAUUUUUCUCUGUAUCAGUUGGGACCUUUGUUUCAGGUUGGUUUGCUAGAAUAAAACUCUGCAUUUAGUUAGUUCCAAAAACCGUCACCAAGAGUUGCAGAUGUGGAGAUUCAACAUGUCUAUCGUGUGCGUUGUAAUUAUGUUUGUGAGUUUCACAUGAACUUAUCUUUGUGGCGUCUUGCAUUUUUUGUAUUGCAAAUUGUGGAAGUAUAUUCUAAUAC